AUGAACGACCCUCAGCCCUCGCCAUCGCUUUCGACGGAGCUUGAGGACGAAUAUGACAUCCGUCUUUGCAGUCGCUGCGAGUACUCCCUCGAGAUGGAACCGAAUAUAUCUCUCGCGGAUGUGGAAAGUCUGCGCACUGGAGCAUUGCUCGAGCCUGCACAUGUCGUGCACGCCAGGGAACUCACAGAGAGCCGCAUAUCAUCUGUAGACGAGGUCAUUACCUCGCUACACACGGUGCACGACUGUACCGACGGCUGCACCGUCCCCUCCACCAGCUGUCGCCCCCUCUCUGCCUCCACCUACGACGCCGAUGCCCAAUUCAGUAUGUCGCCCGUCGCCCAAUCAUCCGAGAAGGACUUCUCCCCGUGCUCCGUUGGCAAUAUUUGCGCCGUCAUGCAGGGUGUGGUCUUGACAGAGCUGAAAGAGCAUAAACGUCGGCUCUUGCGUCGCGCCGACGUCCAGAAGGCCUACGUUGCUCCCAUCCGGCGUCUUCCUGCGGAGCUCCUUUCGGAGAUAUUCUAUCACUGCUGCCUUGAAUUUGACGACAUCACUUCGAGAGGAAGCUGCAUGCCGCUCGUGCUCGGUACGGUGUGUAAGAGAUGGCACGGUGCGUACCUGCGUGCUCUCGGUCGUACUGCUUCUGAAGUUGGCUUCGCGUUAGAUAUUGCGCACGACACGCCACGCCUGUGGACCGACGUCAGUCUGAGGAGGUCUAAAUUCGGCGCAGAGCUCAUACCUCCUGACGCUCUUCGCACGAGGUUGCAGCUCUAUCUGCGCAACUCCAAGGGUCUCCCGUUCUCAAGCGAAGUCGCGUUUUACAGCAUGAGCCGCCAAAGCCCUCAUACCGUCGCUUUCCCUCUGCUACUACAGCAUGCUGAUCAGUGGACGGUUGUCGAGAUUAGACAGCAUGGAUUCAGCAAAGCCACCGAAGGCGUCACAUUCCCGAGACUGCAUACAGUCAUAGGCAAUGUUUUUGGCAUGGCACUCAUGAAAAGCGAAGGGCUGAUGCUUGAACGUGCUCCCGCUCUACGCCGCGCAAUUCUGGAAGAUGUCCCGCGGGACAAGCGCAUCCCUGGCCUUCCCUAUGAUCGGUUCGAGUGGAUGAGGCUCAGGAGCAGCGCACUCUUCGCUGUGAAAAUCCUUCCGCUCUGCUCCACGCUCGCUACUUUGGAGUUCUUGGUGGAGCACGGAAGGCAGCGCACGCUGCCAGACUCUGUCGAUCUAUCGAGUCUGCGCCAUCUUCAACUCAAGACUAUAUCCGUUUCGGUGGCCAUCAUGAAGUCAUUCAGAGCUCCUUGCCUCGAGUCCCUGUCCAUAGAAUGGCACACGCCCUUUGGACUCUUCAACUCUGGAACUGGACCUGCCGAAGAUGGGGAGGCACUGGCAGCAUUCUACGCGCGAACGCGACCACCAUUGCGCGAGAUCAGUCUCUUCAAUCCCCACUCCCAGGCGCGAGACUGGGUGUUCUCUGUCACAAGCCUACAGGCCCUGAAGCUCGAGUUGGGUGAUGCCCCCUUCGACGACAACUGCGCAGCGAUGCUAGCAGCUCUCGAUGAUGGAAUACCCCGUUACUUGCCUCAUCUCGAGACACUUCAUCUCAAGGGAAUGAUCUGCGCCUCCGGGACGUUACUCUUGCAGAUGGUCCGCGCGCGUGUGGCCAGCGGACUCCGCACCCUACAUCUUGACCUCCGCCUAGCCAGCUUGAGAAAGCUGGGUGAGUCGAAACUCUUCGACCUCCUCCGGCAAGCCAUGCCUGCUGCUAGCAUCGAGGGAAGGGAGAAGCUUCUCAAUCACAUUGCCGCGCAGGAGAGGAGUGACACCAUAGACGCUGAAUUCGAUGCGGAGUUGGUUCGCAUAGCCGAGUGGGAGGAGAUAGUGCGCAGGCGGGAUGAGGCAGCGAACAGUGUACGGUUCUUCCAACUGUAUGUUCUGGAGCAAUGCAUCGCGGCUAGCAUCCUUGGUGUCGCCGUCGGUUGGCGAUGGAUGCGCCCACAUCCCUGUGCACGUGAUCACGUCGCUGCUCGGACGUUGCCGCGCUCUGAGCUUGCGGAUGACCAUCAAAUUCGUCUAUGCUGCCACUGCGGAAACUCCAUCCAGAUCGAACCGAAAAUAUCUCUCGCGGACGUGGAAAGUCUUCGCACCGGAGCACUGCUGGGGCCUGCCGACGUCGCGCACGCCAGGGAAAUCACAGAGGGCCGCAUUAGCUCUGUCGACGCGGUCAUUGCUUCUCUUCAGAGGGUCUUGAUCGAGUUGGCAGAGCAUAAGCGCCGUCUCUUGCGUCGAGUCGACGUUCAGAAGGCCUACGUCGCUCCCAUCCGGCAUCUACCUGCGGAACUACUUUCGGAGAUUUUCAACCAUUGUUGUGUCCAAUUUGACGACAUCACGUCGAAGAACAGCUGUAUGCCUCUCAUUCUCGGUGCAGUAUGUAAGAGGUGGCACGACAUCGCUCACGACACGCCUCACCUGUGGACAGAUAUAAGAAUGAGCAAGGGUCUGUACGGUGGAAAGCACAUACGUCCAGACGCUCUUCGCGCAAGAUUGCAGCUGUAUCUGCGCAACUCCAAAGGUCUCCCGUUCUCGCAUGCCGUUCAAUUCUACAACGACGUGGACUCCACGAACCCUCAUGGCGUGGCUUUCCCUCUCCUACUACAGCACCCCGACCGGUGGACUAGCGUCGACAUCCGAUAUCCUGGAUUCAGCAAAGCCACCAAAGGUGUCACAUUCACUCGACUGCACACAGUCAUGGGCAACGCAUUUGGUUUCACAUUCAUAGAAUCCGAAGGGCGGGUGCUCGAGCAUGCGCCUGCUCUACGUUGCGCAAUCCUGCAGGACAUCGCCGAGGACAGAUAUGUCCCUAUCCUGCCGUGGAAUCGGUUUGAGAGGAUGAAUCUGAGGUCCAUCGCACUCUUCGCCGCGAAAAUCCUACCGCACUGCUCCGCACUAGUCACCUUGGAGUUUUCGCCCAUGGCACCAAGAGAUCGAAGUAACCAAGCCAUACUGCCAGGUACGAUCCGCCUACCAAGUCUUCAGAACUUGCACCUCGACAUCAGCCUCGAUGAGGGGUGCGUUCCGAUGAUCUUCAUGAAGUCAUUCAUGACACCUUGCUUGGUCUUCCUGUCCAUGAGAUGGUCAACAUCGUAUGGAUAUCAUUGUGACCCAGAGUCUGGUUCGGCCGAAGAUGGAGAUGCUCUCGCAGUGUUCUAUGCGCAAACGCGACCUCCGUUGCGCGAGAUCAGUCUCUCAUAUCCCCAUUUCCAAGCCCGCGACUGGGCGUUCUCCAUCACCAGCCUCCAGGUCCUGAAGCUCGACCUGGGAUACAGCGCACCCUUCGACGACGACUGCGCGACGCUAUUGGCGGCGACUGAUGCUGGGGUACCCCGCCUCUUGCCCCACCUGGUGACGCUCCACCUCAAGGGCCGUCUACGCGUUACUGCGGCUUCGCUCCUGCAAAUGGUCGAAGCGCGUGCGAACCGUGGGCUACAGGAUCUGCAUCUGGACAUUCACUCAGCCAACAUGGAUAGACUCGGGGAGCCAGAAACGUUCGACCUCAUACGGCAAGCCAUGCCUGCCGCCGUCAUCGAGGGGGUGGACGCGCUCGUCAAAUACAUCGCAGAGAGAGCGCGCCACAACGAAUUGGAACUCCAGUUCUUCGCAGAGAUGGGUCAGGAUCAGGAGUGGAUCGAAGAAUACAUACGUAGUCGGGAUAGGAAAGCGUACGAACGGUGA